AUGGCCGCGCGACUUGCAAAUCCAGACCCAAUAGGGGCAGGCUUUCCCCUCUCGGCUCCCAUAGACAAGCCCUUCGUAUAUACUGUUACGGCCUUUCUCUUCGUCCUGGUGGUGUACGCCCUGCAAGACAGCAAGGAUGACCUUCCCAGGCUUAACCCCAAGAAGCCUUUCGAGCUCACGACGCGUCGGCUGCUGGCAGAAUAUCUCGCCAAGGGCAAACAAAUGUUAAUUCAGGGCCGAGAAACGUACGGACAGAAGCUGUACCGGCUGUACUCGGACUUUGGCGAUGUGAUCGUGUUACCUUCAGAGUUCAUGCAGGAAAUUCGGAACAACGCAUCACUGUCAUUCCUGGAGAAAGCUAAACAUGAUGCCCACGGCGAUAUUCCUGGAUUUCAGCCCUUUGACCUCUCGAAACAGACCGUCAAUGUGAUCAACAGAAACCUGACCAAGGCGCUUGCGAAGCUCACUAUGCCCUUGUCACAACAAGCGACUACGGGACUGCAGCAGCUCCUCUCAGACUCUCCAGAAUGGCAUGAAAUCACGGCACAUGUUGAGAUCGCCAGGCUCGUGUCGCGGAUGUCGACAAGGAUUUUCAUGGGCGAGGAAAUGUGCCGCAACGAGGAGUGGGUCGGCGCAGUCUCCGACUACACCCGCAUCGCCUUCGACACCGCCAACAUGCUGCGCACCUGGCCCGGCUUCAUGCGGCCGAUCGUCCACUGGUUCUUGCCCUCGUGCCAGGAGGUGCGCGCCAAGUUGGCUGUGGCGCGCCGGAUCCUCCAGCCGGUGGUCGAAGAGCGCAAGGCGCUCAAGGCAGAGGCGCUCGCCCGGGGUGAGACGCUGCCCGUGUUCGACGACGCCAUGGGCUGGUUCGAGAAGGAGUACGGCCCGGAUCACGACCCCGUCAACUUGCAAAUCAUGCUGUCCAUCGUAGCAAUCGAUACCACUACCGACCUGCUCCAGCAGACGAUUCUCCAGAUCGCCCGCCACCCUGAGGUCGUUCAGCCCCUCCGCGACGAGGUCGUCGAGGUCCUGGGCAAGCAGGGGCUCAAGAAGACGUCUCUCUACAACCUCAGGCUGAUGGACAGCGUCUUCAAGGAGGCGCAGCGGCUCAAACCCAUCCUCAUCGGCAUCCGGCGCUCCGCUCUGGCCGACGUCAAGCUGUCCAACGGCUUCGUCAUCCGCAAGGGCCAGAAGAUCAUUGUCGACACCACCAACAUGUGGGACAGCAGCAGCUACGAGGACCCCGCCAAGUUCGACCCCUAUCGCUUCAUGCGCUGGCGUGACGAGCCCGAGAAGGAGAACUUUGCCCACCUCGUCAGCACGAGCACCUUGCACAUGGGCUUCGGCCAUGGCGAGCACGCUUGUCCCGGCAGAUUCUUCGCCGCUAACGAGGUCAAGAUCGCGCUGGCCCACUUGCUGAUGAAGUAUGACUGGAAGCUCCCCGAGGGUCACGACCCACAGGACGUCAACGUGGGCAGCGGCAUUGUUGUCAACCCGGGGCUGAGGCUGCUCGUCAGAAGACGCCGUGAGGAGCUCGACCUUGACUCGCUCUCGGAGUAG